AUUCGUUUCCUUUGUAAAAUUCCCUCUUCGUUUGAGCUCUUUGACAUUGGGGCACCAUGGAUCUCUCCAUUGUAAAGCUCCUAGAAGAAGACGACAAGGGUGACUCUAAGCAUUCGGAAGAUGACAUAAACCUAUUUCAGGAAGCUCUGAUUCGAGAUAUCGAAGGAAUACAUCAACCUCAGUGUACGAAACUGCCAAAGAUGAGUAGCCAACAGGCUCAUGGGGUGAAACAUGGUCUUACACCAGCACGAGUUUCUGAUUUGCUUCGUAUCUUAGCAGACCUCAACAAAGAUAGAAAGAGUCAUUUUCAAAACCUGUAUUGUAAACUCAAGAGAAAAGAAAUUACAACAGAUAGGCUCAUACGACAUCUGAAGGUUGCUGUUGGUGAUCAGAUGAUCAGAUCAGUUAUUAGCAAACUGCAUCAGCUACAACCGGGAAAUAUGGGGAUCAAACGCCGAAACCAUGACAAAGUGUCUAAACCUGCUGAAAUCAGUGCUCAAGAAUCUGCUCCUAGUGAAGUUCAAUUUAACCAACCGCCUUCUACAGUUUCAGGCACCUUAAGCAGUUCAGCUACUGAGCAGGGAUUAAAUAAGCAUCCCGAGCAAUACAUGCAGACUCAUUCAAGUUCUUCUCAUAAGGAUACCAACUCGGGAAGUCUUAAUUCAUACCCAGGGACAAAUUUCAGUUCUCCUCCUGGUUCAAUGCCGAGAGCGAGACUUCCUGAUUUCCAGCACAUGGCUAACAAUCAGAAUGUGGUACCAGCCAGUGUUGAAGCACCGAACAAGUCUACGAUAGACAUGACGAAAGUACCCAAGUUUGAGAGGCCAACUUCUGUAAAUAGUCCAAGUACGGUUAAGGAUGGCUCUGUAUCCAACUUCCAGAACAAUUUUUCCCUGCCUCUAUAUUCUGCUCCUUUGCAAGAAUCAGUCACCAAGGACCAGACAGUUGGCCCUUCUUCAUCGGUGGUCCAUGUGAAGCAGAAAUCAGUUGAUCAAAGUUUUGACCAGGCACAGAAGCCUCAUUCUUUGGUGAAGCAAGGCGUGGCUAAUGUUCCACUGGAACAGAACAAUGCAAUUCCAAAUAGUUCAAAUGAUGACUUGGAGAAGCAGUCUUCUAAAAUGGUUUUAUCCACAUCUAACACCUCUGCAAGCUCUGUUUAUCCUCCAAUGACAACACAUCUGGGAUCCAGCACGAUGGUAUAUCUCCCUCAGCCAUCUGGGACGAUUCCCACAGUAGCUUACGUCAUGAAGACACCGGAAAUGCCGUCUGUUGGUCAGAAGAAACCUCUUGAGGCACUAGGUUCUUCGAUGCCACUAUCAAGAAAGAAGCAAAAACUAUGUGGAACUUCUUUAGAUGGAAGUAUUGAAAAGUAUCAGUUACAACAGGGAAAUAUGGGGAUCAAAAUACCUGGACGCCCAAACCAUGUCAACGUGUCUAAAUCUGCUGAAAUCAGUGCUCAAGAAUCUGAUCCUCAUGUAGUUCAAGUUAACCAACUGCCUUCUACAAGUUCAGAAACCUUAAGCAGUUCAGCUACUAUUCAGGCAUUAAAUAAGCAUCCCGAGCAAUACGUGCAGCUCCCAUCUAGUUCUUUUCAUAUGGAUACCAACUAUGAAAGUCUUAAUUCAUACCCACCGACAAAUUUCAAUUCUCCUGGUUCAUUGCCGAGAGCGAGACUUCCUGAUUUCCAGCACAUGGCUAACAAUCAGAAUGUGGUACCAGCCAGUGUUGAAGGGGCGACCAAGUAUACGAUAAACAUGACGAAUGUGCUCAAGUUUGAGAGGCAAACUUCUGUAAAUUGUCCAAGCAGGGUUCAGGAUGGCCCUGUAUCCAACUUCCAAAACAACUCAUCCCUCAAUCUAUAUAUUGCUCCUUUGCAAGAAUCAGCCACCAAGGACCAGACAGUGGGCCCUUCUUCAUCAGUAGUCCAUGUGAAGCAGAUAUCGAGUGAUCAAAGUUUUGACCAGGCACAGAAGCCUCUAACAUUGGUGAAGCAAGGCGUAACUAAUGUUCCACUGGAACAGAAAAAUGCUAUUCCAAUUAGUUCAAAUGAGGACGUGGAGAAGCAGUCUUCUAAGAUGGUUUUAUCCACAUCUACCACCUCUGCAAGCUCUGUUUCUCCUUCAAUGACAACACAGCUGGGCUCUAGCACGAUGGUAUAUCUCCCUGCCUCACCUGGGACCAUUCCCACAGCAGCUAAUGUCAGGAAGACACCGGUCAUGCCUUCUGUUGGUCAGAAGAAACCUCUUAAGGCACUAGGUUCGUCGAUGCCACCAUCAAGAAAGAAGCAAAAACUUUGUGGACCUUCUUCAGAUCGAAGUAUUGAAAAUUUUAAUGAUGUCACUGCUGUCAGUGGCAUCAAUCUUCAGGAAGAGGAAAAACAAUUAUUAGAUUCUGGGCCUAAAAAAAACAGUCGUGUUGCUAUAGCAUCUCGAAGAGUUGUGCCUGAAGAGGAAGCAAAAACGAUUUUGCAGAAAAUUCCACUGCAGAGAAAGCUGACAGAAAUUAUGGCAAAACGUGGGUUAAAGCAUAUAGACCAUGAUGUAGAGCGGUGCUUGUCUCUGUGCGUGGAGGAAAGGAUGCGGGGACUAUUGUCGAAUAUAAUACGAAUAUCAAAGCAGCGGACUGAUGCUGAGAAGUGUAGACAUCAGACUUUUAUCACGUCUGAUAUCCGGAAAGAAAUUAAUGAAAUGAAUCGGAAGGCGAAGGAGGAAUGGGAAAAGAAACAUGGUGGAGAAGAAAAGGCUAAGAAUGAAGAAAAUGAUUUUGAAAAAGAAGACAACCAUUCCAGACAAGUGAAGGCAAAGAAGGAAUCAGAUGAGAGGAGAGCUAAGGCUGCAAAUGUUGCUGUUCAUGCAGCCUUUGGAGGAGAUGAUAUGUUUUCAAAAUGGAAAUUUAUGGCAGAAGCACGUCGGAAUAAAUCCUCUACAGGGCCAGGAAGAAACUCCAAGAAACUUUCUGGUGAAAUUGGUGGCACAAAAUCUGGGAAGAACCUGGGUUUAACAGAAGUCCGGUCAAUCUCUGUGAAGGAUGUGAUUGCUGUGCUGGAAAAAGAGCCUCAGAUGGUGAGAUCGACGCUAUUGUAUCGCUUAUACAGUAGAAUCUGCUCGGAUGUUUGAACCCAAGAGAAUAGAUAGAAACUUUUAGGACUAAUUCAUUUUUUGCAGAACCUAUUUGGUUCUUUAUUCCAUUUAAAGUGAUGCCAUUACAAACUCCUAAACAUGGUCAAGAUGCUAAAGUACAUCCUUAUUCUUCGUCCUAAAACGACCUAAAGAAAGCUGCAUGUUGUGUUUUCUUCUA